GCAGAUAGAUGAUGUGAAGGAGCUGCUGGCUGCCCUCCUCCCCAUUCAUUGCAAGCCCUCCAUCCAGCCCGCAGCAUGAGGAGGAUCAGGGCUAAUGCCAUAGCCAUUCUGACGGUAGCCUGGAUCCUGGGCACCUUCUAUUACCUAUGGCAGGACAGCAAGCCCCGGCCAGCAGCGGCCAGCAGGUUUCCAGGCAGGAGUCGCCCAGCCGGGAGGCAGGAUGUGCACAGAGAGGACCGGAGCAGCACCGAUGCUGUGAUCUCAACCUUCCAGACUGAGAAGGGGAAGAUAAAUGGUUUUGAUGAGAAGGCCUACCUGUCCUCGAAGUUUCUUAAGGCUGGAGAAGAUCCAUACCGUCAGCACGCCUUCAAUCAGCUGGAGAGCGACAAACUCAGCAGCGACCGGCCGAUCCGAGACACGAGACAUUACCGAUGUACCUCUGUGCACUAUAACUCGGAUCUACCUCCAACCAGCGUCAUCAUUACCUUUCAUAACGAGGCUCGCUCAACCUUACUGCGGACCAUAAAGAGUGUUUUAAUUCGAAGUCCUCCCAGUUUAAUACAGGAGAUCAUCUUGGUGGAUGACUUCAGUGCAGAUCCCGAUGACUGCCAGCUCCUCACGAAAAUCCCAAAGGUUAAAUGUAUAAGGAACAGCCGGAGAGAAGGACUCAUACGUUCGAGGGUUAGAGGAGCAGAUAUAGCCACGGCUCCCAUCCUCACUUUCCUAGACAGCCAUUGCGAGGUGAACACUGAAUGGCUUCAGCCUUUGCUUCAGAGAGUUAAGGAGGAUCGCACUAGGGUGGUGAGUCCCAUCAUCGAUGUCAUCAGCCUUGACAACUUUGCUUACCUGGCCGCGUCUGCAGAUCUCCGGGGUGGGUUUGACUGGAGCCUCCAUUUUAAGUGGGAGCAAAUUCCCAUUGAGCAGAAAAUGUCCCGCACUGAUCCAACGGUCUCUAUAAGGACUCCUGUCAUUGCUGGGGGUAUCUUUGUCAUCGACAAGUCCUGGUUCAACCACCUAGGAAGAUACGACACCCAGAUGGACAUCUGGGGAGGGGAGAAUUUUGAGCUGUCUUUCCGCGUGUGGAUGUGUUCUGGCAGCUUGGAGAUCGUGCCCUGCAGCCGCGUCGGUCACGUCUUCAGAAAACGUCACCCCUACGACUUCCCUGAUGGAAAUGCACUGACCUACAUCAAAAACACCAAACGCGCAGCUGAAGUGUGGAUGGAUGAGUAUAAACAGUACUAUUACCAAGCUCGACCAUCUGCCAUUGGGAAGUCCUAUGGGAGUGUGUCCGAGAGGGUGGAUUUGCGCAAACAAUUGAAUUGCAAGUCUUUCCAGUGGUACCUGCAGAAUGUCUAUCCUGAGCUAAAAAUUCCAGAGAAGGAAGCUGUUACAAGGAUCAUAAAGCAGGGAAGCAGCUGCUUGGAGUCUCGGGGAGAGGAUGCGGGGAAUGUCCUGGUCGGUUUAGGAGUCUGCAAGGGAACCGCAAAAAAUACACCCGCUACACAGGAAUGGGUUCUCAGCGAAUCCUUAAUCCGUCAGCAAGAUAAGUGUCUCUCGAUCACCUCAUUCUCAACAGAAGCCCACGUUAUGCUUGAACCUUGCAACCAGAAGGACAGCAGACAGAAAUGGAAAUUAAAAGGAUACUUUCUCCAGCAUGUGGGCAGCGGACUCUGUCUGGAUACCGAUCCCCCUAGAGUUCUCAUGAACUCGUGUCAGUCUGAUUUGCCAAGCCAGCAGUGGGAGUUGCUUCAGGUGACCUGAGCCAACAUCUUCCCAUCUUCUGCAUGAACUUGUUUGAGCAGAGAUCUUGGAAGAAUUCUUGAAGACCCCAGGUUUACGUCAUCCUACUAUGAGACCAAAUGCAGGUGCUGAGCCUGUAACGUGUCCUACAGGCACUGUCACCCCUACUCAGACGACAUUUGUCUACAAGCUGCCCUUCUGUGUGAGCGUUGGAAGCCAUGGGACCAAUACUUGACUCGUUUUGGUGUAAUACAUCUACCUUCUCCUCUACUGAGGAUCACAAACUGGAGAGCCUCUAACACAACACGUGACCUGCAUUAAGUUUUUUACCUGCAAGGAAACUGUCCUAGUAAAGUAUGGAUCUCAUGAGGUUACUCGAUCAUGGGAUGUCUGGAUAAAUGAUAUUUACAGACUCGCUGGAUGUCUCAUUCCUGUUUGAUUGUGAUAUUAGCCGUUUCUUAGUAUUGGCCACUUUUCAGACUUUUGCUAGCCAGCAAGGAUCAUUCGUAUGUAUCUGGCUCUAAUAUCUUGCAUUCUC